ACUCUUGUCAAUCAUUUCUAGGCGCAGGCAGCCCCCCUGCCGCACACACACACACAGCGGCUCUGCUGUCGGACGGAAUAUUCCGGAGGCUCCGUGCGUCUGGCCGCUCUCUGCCUCCCCCCCCCCCCUCCUGGUUGGGACCAAUCGGACGCCAUUCAUCAUUGGAUAAAGGUAAUCGGGCGGGGGGCGCCUAUAAGAUGGUACGGCCCCAUCUCCCCGGCGCAGGCAGAUAGUAACGAUGUUCCCAUGAAAAGCCGCCGGCAGGAGAGGAUGGCGUUCUCCCACUCGCACAUCGGGGCGCCCCGGAGACCCCCCCAGAGCCGCGUCCUCAUCGAGGUGGAUGAAUACAGCUGUAACCCCACCCAGGCCUUCACCUUCUACAACAUCAACCAGGGCCGCUUCCAGCCCCCCCACGUCCAGAUGGUGGACCCUGUGCCCCAUGAUGCCCCCAAGCCCCCGGGCUACACCCGCUUUGUUUGUAUUUCCGACACCCAUUCCAGGACAGACCUGUUGCAGAUGCCGUAUGGUGACGUCUUGAUUCACGCCGGAGACUUUACCGAACUGGGGCUUCCGAGCGAAGUGAAGAAAUUCAAUGAUUGGCUGGGGAGCCUUCCCUACGAGUACAAGAUCGUUAUUGCCGGGAAUCACGAGCUGACCUUUGACCACGAGUUCAUGGCCGACCUCAUCAAACAAGACUUUUAUUAUUUCCCGUCCGUGUCGAAGCUGAAGCCGGAGAAUUACGAGAACGUUCAGUCGCUGCUCACGAACUGCAUUUACCUGCAGGAUUCCGAAGUUACCGUCAGGGGCUUCCGGAUAUACGGCUCCCCCUGGCAGCCCUGGUUCUACGGCUGGGGGUUCAAUCUGCCCCGGGGGCAGGCCCUGCUGGACAAGUGGAACCUCAUACCCGAUGGGACCGACAUCCUCAUCACUCACGGCCCCCCGCUGGGUUUCCUAGACUGGGUCCCCAAGAAGCUGCAGCGGGUCGGCUGUGUGGAACUACUCAAUAGCGUCCAGCGCAGGAUUCAGCCCCGCCUCCACGUAUUCGGCCACAUUCACGAAGGGUAUGGAGUCAUGGCGGACGGAACGACCACCUACGUGAACUCCUCCGUGUGUACUGUGAACUACCAGCCGGUGAACCCCCCGAUAGUGAUCGACUUACCCACCCCGAGAAACACGUGAUUCCGGCGAACUUAUUUGGCAGAACGCACGGGGGAGGGGGGGGGCAUCCAUUUUUAUACGAGAGGCGGAUUGAUGUCUCCAAGAAGGGGGACAAUAGAAACAAAGCAUGGCGCCGUCGCUUUAAACAAAAGCACAAUCACUAAUCGCCAUUCUCCGUUGAGAACAAUGGAACGUCGACGGAUUCUCUCUAUUUUUUUUUUUUGCCUUUAUUUUCCGGGGACGGAAACGCUUCUGUGAUUUUCUGCGCCGCUUGGAAUGGCUCUCGCCGCGUGAAUACCAAGCAGGACGCCAUCAGUAUUCCGUGCCAAUCUCCCGCAAAUUGCGAGCGAGCGGGGAAAUAAUAUGCAACUUCAGCCCAAUCAGUUGUUCCCACUGCACUUACUGCCGGGAUUAAAGGGGAACUAAAGCCUUAAAAAAAAGAAAUUUUGCUAGAAAUGCUGUAUUUCAUAUACUUACUGGCCCGGCCCUAUAUCAAUAAUGAUCCAUCAUUCCCCCCCCCCCCCCAUCUUGGAUCUUGUUCGGCCAUCUUGUGUGUGUCGUGGCACCACACGUGCUCAGUGGGCUGCUGGGGAGGAGCUAAGCUUGGGGGUGGGUCAGCUGUGAUAGAAGCUAUUACAAUGGGGCUGAUUAUGAAUUCCGAUGCAGACUGCACUGGUUUCUAUGUAAUUGUGAAUGAAUGUGAUAAUCAACCUUGUAUUGUGACUGUUAUACUGUAUAUAAACUGGCAGUGGGUCCCUAAGUGCCAGCAGCCCAUGUUGGUAAUCAGUAAGAAGAUGGGGGGCUACUGGGGGCACAGAUCUUCCCUGCUAAAGGGCUGAAUUAGUACAUGAGCCCUAAACAUACCAGCCGGGGGCGGGUCUCUGAUGUAAAGGGGUGGGGCCAUUACAGCUUACACUCUAUUUAUGAAGGAAUAUUUCCCCUUUAAGCUCUGCCAAUUAGGCCAGUGACCCCCUGUUAUCCCUUGUGGCCAAUGCAUGGUUGGCCAGAAGCGCAGAAAUGCUAAUGAAAUGAAUGUGGGCGUGUCCCAUAGCAACAACGCGGUCAUUCCCUCAUUUCCCCACAGAUACAGCUCCUGAUUGGCUAGGCAUUACGCAUAUUAAAUGGGUUUUUUUUAUUACUA